AAUGUAUAUAAGCGUUCAUCUUUUCCUUCAAUUCAAUAUCAAUGUCUCAAAAAGAAGCAUCUCAAGCACGCUCGCAAACCCAAGGCUCAUCGUCCUCAUUCAUUAAAGUAGCAAUCCUCAUUGCUGCCAUAGCUUGCAUCCUGGCGCUCUUCACCCCAUUGCGAUCCGCCUUGCCCAGGCUCUCUCCUAAAACCACAAGUACAGUCGCAACAUCACCUGCGCUGAAACGCAACAUGGCGACCUCAAACGGCACCUCCUCCCUCAAGAUCACCAAGCGACCAUGGAACGCCCGAGGCUUCAGCGACCACGGCUGGCUCUACACAUUCCACACCUUCUCCUUCGCAUCGCACUACGACCCAGAGCACAUGUCCUUCGGGCCCCUGCGCGUCAUCAACGAAGACCGCGUGGAGAAAGGCACGGGCUUCGGCACGCACAGCCACUCGGAGGCUCUGAUCUGGAGCUACAUCGUCAGCGGCGAGCUCGAGCACAAAGACUCGAUGGGCAAUCUCGAGAAACUGCGCCGCGGUGAAGUCCAGUUCACCAGCGCGGGCACUGGCAUUCGCCACAGCGAAUACAACCGCAACACCGCCGAGGACGUCCACUUCCUGCAGAUCUGGGCGAUGCCGAACGUCCGCGGCUUGACGCCCAGCUACUGCACGAGGAAGUACACCGAUGAGAUGAAGGCGGACAAAUUGCUCCGCAUCAUCGAGAGUACGGAUCGCCACAGCGGCAAGGAUGGCCCGACGGAGCCGAUCGAACUGCAUGCGGAUCUCAGCAUGAGCGCGUCGAUCCUGUCGCCGGGGAAGAAGGUUGAGCAUGAAUUUGUCAAGGAGGGCGAGCGGAAUCUUUAUCUACAUGUCGUCAUGGGUGGACGCAAACAGCCGCAGACAGGCGGUGCGAAGAUCAAGGUUGGCGAUGUGGAGAUCGGUGAAGGCGAUGGAGCAUAUAUUCGAGGGGCCCGCGGCCCUGGCAAACUCGAAGUAGAGAGCAUUGGAGACAAGCCAGCCGAAUUCCUGUUGUUUGAUAUGAAUACAUAGAUAUGUUGGAAGAAUACAAGUGCGAUUUUUCAAGUGAUUCGCGGUUUCGCCAUCUCCCUGAAUAGCUUGGUGCGUUGUUGGAGUGUCCUGCGGAUGCGGAUGGCACUCCAGACCAGCAGAAUCAACGCGGCAG